AUGCCCAGCCAGCUGAGUUUCCCGAUCUACAACCCGCUGUGCGACGCCGCCAUGCCAUUGUUCGGCCUGAUCCUCGACCUGCGCAAAGAAGCCCCCGCCGACGUUGCCCAACUGUACCAGUGCGCCUGCACCCUGAUCACCGAGAUCAUGGAGUGCGUCCACCCACUGGACUAUGACACCGGCACGCUGAAGCCUACUCCUACAGCUUGUGCGUGC